AUGGCCACAAGGUUAGAUUUACAACAAUAUGAUGUCAAUAUUCCUCUCGGCGGAGUGAAUAAAUUUAAUUCCAAUUAUGCGAAAAUUACGCGAACAACCGUUCAAUCCCGACUGAACCAAUAUUCUGCGAAUCUAUUUUUUUUAAUAACUCCGGAAAUAAAUGAUCAUGCUCCAAGCGAACAACUAAACAGAGUUGAUUUCAAAAUUCCAGCUAAUAUCCAUCUUGCUGAUCCAGGCUUUCAUUUGCCCGGAGAAAUCGAUGCACUUAUUGGUGCAGAAAUAUUUUUAAAGUUGCUUUGUGUCGGUCAGAUAUCUUCAGCGAACGAUAAUGCAAUCUUGCAAAAAACUCACUUUGGAUGGAUUUUAGGCGGAAAAACACAUGGAGCAGUAUUUUCUAAUACUCCUGCAUAUAACUUAUCACUAAAUCUAUUACACACGAAAAUUGCAGAAUUCUGGGAAAUUGAAAAUGGCCCUAACAAGAAAAUCUUAUUAAACGAAGAAAAUGCAUGCGAAAGGCAUUAUCAAGAAAACACUAAUCGCGAUACUGUUGCCGGACGUUACACCGUCAAACUCUCCUUUGAAAAAAACGUAGGAGAUUUUGGCAAGUCGUAUAGUCAAGCUCUUAGGAGAUUUUAUUCUUUAGAACGAUCGUUAGCAAUAAAUCGCGAGCAUAAAGAACAAUAUUAUAUAUUCAUGAAAGGGUACGAAGAACUGGGCCACAUGACCGAGGAUAAAACUGCGUCCACUAGCGACGGUUAUUUUUUACCCGAUCAUUCAGUAGUUAAGCAAUCAAGCUUAACGACUAAACUACGAGUAGUUUUUGAUGCAUCGGCAAAAACCUCUUCCGGAAUAUCUCUAAACGAUACACUCAUGAUAGGUCCCAACAUUCAAGAGGAUUUGUUCUCAUUACUCGUACGGUUUCGACCUCACACAGUCGCAGUCACGGCCAACAUUGAAAAAAUGUACCGGCAAAUAGAACUUUAUCAAAAUGAUCGCAAAUUUAAAAAAAUCUUAUGGAGGCAGGAUAAUCGUCAACCUGUAAAAAUCUUCACUUUGAAUACGGUUACAUAUGAAACUUUAUCCGCGUCCUUUUUGGCUACUUGA